AAGUAUAGACCAAGUCGUCGCAUAGUCUCACAUAAUCACUGCGUAUCGGGAACCGUCUAUGAUAUCAUAACUGGUACGCGCCACGGUGGACCUAACCCUCAACCUUUCCGUACAUUCGUCUGGCUCCUCGCAUCAUCAACUCAACGCUUUCUGUGGGCCGAUUUUAUGGAUGGUUUCAACGCAAGGCUGGUCAUUGGACCGAUUCAAGUCUGUGGGCUUUUGACCGCUGCAUUAUUCGGUUGCUUUGCAUGUCAGUCCUACCUGUAUUUUACAAGAUUCACGAGCGAUCAUCUCGCUCUGAAGGCAACUGUAGCUGCAGUCAUCUUGAUUCAGCUGGGCCACUUUGUCUGCGUAAUAUCAACAUUGUGGACAAUGACUGUCAGCACUUAUGGUAACCCAACUCAACUCAGUGUGCUUCCUCUAGCGGUAGACCUGGCCGUUCCGUUGGCUGGUUCCACAGUGUUUAUUGUGCAGACAUUUUACGUAUUUCGACUUUGGAAGUUGACUAGAAAUGUUUUCUUGUGCAUUCUUUGCGAAAUGAUCUCCGUGGUUGCACAAACUUCCACAUUCGUUGUCACAGUAUUUGCGGUUUCUAGGACGAACCUCGAUGCUUUUGGAGCCAAUCAAGAGCUGGAGAUUGAGCUCUCUUUCGUCUCACGUGCCGUCUGUGACUUGAUCACCACCGCUAGCACCGCCUGGGUUUUGAGGAAGAGAAGAGACCCUGACAUCGAAGCGUAUGGCUAUCCAUCAUCUUGCUCACUAAUCCUUACAUCUGUCAUAGGACGAUGACGAUGAUCGACCGGUUGAUCUAUUGGACAAUCGAAACUGGUCUGCUCACCAGGUAUUUGGUUCUUUUACUGCUCACAAGGUGUUUCCAUCAUGAUCCAUUAGUUUGAUGGCCGUUACAUUGGC